AUGUCAUGUGAAGCUAUCCGAAGUCGUGUAAUCGGCCCGAUACCCCAUCCCCGGCUCAACUUUUCGAUCGCUUUCGCUAAGGGAGUGCAUACAGACUACGAGUUUCUGGAGAUGGGUCUCGCCACGACUUACAGCCCCGAGAAUCACUACUGUUUUGCCGUUGAUUCAAAGUCGACCCCCGAAUUUCAACAUCGUUUCCGGAUGCUGGCCAGCUGCCUGCCGAAUGUGUAUUUGACGCCAGUGAAAAGGAGCAUGACAUCAGCGGGUGCCUAUGUGAACCGAGCCCAUUUGGACUGUCUCGAGGUGUUAAUCGAGCAGCCCGGAUGGGAAUAUGUUAUUUUACAACAGACCUACGAUUUCCUUGCCCAUUCGAACGAGGAGCUUAUGAUGAUGUUAAAGAAGCUGAAUGGCUACAACGACAUUUUUGCCUGCCAGCCGGAACAAAUGCUGGCAAAGCGGAUCGAUCGGAGCCUGAAUUGGACAGCGGCCGGGCUGAAUCUUUUUACGAAAAGCAGUCCCUAUACGGCCGAGCAAAAGAAGGCAGCGACGAUCGAAUUCGGCUAUGGAUAUGUUCAAGCUACCCUAGGCCGAAAAGCAGUGAAGUGGAUGACCCAGGACGUCAAUCUCACUACACUCAUCGAUCACCUCACCCACAAUAAGACCGGUUACGGUGUCGACGAGCAAUUCAUCGCCACACUGGCCCUUUCCGAGACGCUGCUGAUGCCGGGCGGUUUGCACCAUCGAUGUGGGGGAAAGCCGGGCUUCGGCUACUUUACGCGCUAUACCAUCUGGAAGGGCGAUUGUAAAACGCGGAAAUGGCGAAAGGGGCAGUGCAUUUGGGGCGUUGAGGAUUUGCCGAUGCUCAGAAACAUCUCCAGCCGCUACCUGAUGAUCAACAAGUUUCUUCCCGAUUUCGACUUUCUGGGCAUUCACUGUCUAUCAGAGAGUAUUUACAACAGAACACAUAUGGGUCCCGAUUUCGUCAAUUUGGAGCUUCUCGGAAAGCACGCUAUCGUCGAUGUCGAAGGGGCACCAGAAUAUCCUGGAUACAACCAAUGCCCGCUGAACACCCCCAAGACGCCGCCCGGUUUGACCGUCCUGAACCCC